CUCACACCCCCAUCUAGCCACGUGUCGCGGCAAAGGGCCGCCCAUCGCACUCUGCGCAGGCUCGGCCGAGGACAGGCAGACCGACCACCGAGACGAGUCCUCCCUCCAGCCUAUUGCGGCCCCAGGCGCAUUCCUAUCUAGGAUUGGGCAGCUCCCCCUAGGGGGGCGGGAAUCUGGGGCGACACUUCCGGUCCGGGCGAUCUGGCUCUCUCCGUGGGGGCGGUUCGGGGUCCAGUGGGGCUGGUCUGUGUCCACCGCCCCGGUCCCCGGCGCGGCCCCGGAGCGGAGGGUCCCAGACUGCGCACUGCAACAGAGAGCACUCACUGAAGAAACGAAGAUGGACAUGAAAUCCCUGGGCAAGGGCCUGGAGUCACCGCCUGCUCUACCCUGUAGCAGUGAUGCCUCACUGGGUACCCAGCCUGGAUCGACGCACCCUGAGCCCCUGCUUCCUUUCCGUGGUCUCCAACCAGAUUGUGAAACCAACACUGAGUUCAAGUUGUUGACAGUUAAAGAAGAAAUAUUUGAAGAGGAAGACUCUCAGGUGGUAAUAUUAGAAAGACUUAUAGGGGAUGUUCCUCAAGGACCUGAAUUUGGAGAAGGGUGUGAACAUGAGGAAGGAUUAGCACAACAUUGGGGUAUUUCUGAAGGAGAUGGGCUAAUAAAAUCACUUUCUCAGGAGAGGAGUUUCAGACCAGUGACCAUGGUCCACAAGAGUUCUCCAGGGGAGAUUGGCCAAGAAUGUUACGAGUUUGGCAGAAGCUUUAGUCUGAGUUCAGACCCUGUUAUGUAUCAAAGAAUUUCAUCAGGAGAAUGGUCUCAUCAGCUUGAUAACUGUGACCAAAGCUUUAAACAGAAUUCAGAUCUAAUUAACUACUCAACCAUCCAUGUAUCUGAAACACCAUGUCAGUUUAAUGAAUAUGGGAAAAUCUUCAGUCAGAGCCCAACCCUUAAUGAACAUAUGGGAGUACAGGCUGAGGAGAAACCCUAUGAGUGCAAUGAGUGUGGGAAGUCCUUCAGGGGAAGCUCAGAUCUUAUUCGACAUCAAAGUGUUCAUACUGGAGAGAAGCCGUAUAUAUGUAAUGAGUGUGGAAAAGCCUUCAGCCAGAAUGCAAUCCUCAAAAAGCAUCAACGAUCUCAUGUUACUGAGAAACCCUAUGAAUGUAACGAAUGUGGGAAAACCUUCAGUGUACGCUCCAACCUCACUCGACAUCAGAUAAAUCACACUGGAGAGAAGCCCUAUAUCUGUAAUGAAUGUGGGAAAGCUUUUAACCAGAACUCAAGCCUUAAGAAACAUCAAAGAAUCCACAACAGUGAGAAGCCCUAUAUAUGUAAUGAAUGUGGGAAGGCGUUUAGGCGGAGUUCAAACCUUAUUCAGCAUGAGAGAAUUCAUUCUGGAGAGAAGCCCUAUGGUUGUCAUGAAUGUGGGAAAGCCUUUAGGCGAAGCUCAAACUUAAUUAAACAUCAUCGAAUUCACACAGGAGAGAAGCCUUUUGAGUGCCACGAAUGUGGCAAAGCCUUUAGCCAGAGUGCACACUUGAGGAAACAUCAGAGAGUUCACACAGGAGAGAAACCCUAUCAGUGUAAUGAAUGUGGGAAACCUUUCAGUCGAAUCUCCAACCUCAUAAAACAUCAUAGAGUUCAUACUGGAGAAAAACCCUAUAAGUGUAAUGACUGUGGAAAAGCUUUCAGUCAGAGUUCAAGCCUCAUUCAGCAUCGGAGGAUUCAUACUGGAGAAAAACCACACAAAUGCAAUGAGUGUGGCAAAGCCUUUAGUUACAGCUCAGUCCUUAGGAAACAUCAGAUAAUUCACACUGGAGAGAAACCUUAUGAAUGUAAUGUGUGUGGCAAAGCCUUCAGCCAUAGUUCAGCUCUAAUUCAACAUCAGGGGAUCCAUACUGGAGAUAAGCCCUACGAAUGCAAUGAAUGUGGGAAAACCUUUGGUCGGAGCUCCAACCUCAUUCUUCAUCAGCGAGUUCAUACAGGUGAGAAACCCUAUGAAUGUAAUGAAUGCGGGAAGACCUUCAGCCAGAGUUCAACCCUAAUUCAGCAUCAAAGGAUUCAUAAUGGAUUAAAACCCCAUGAAUGUAAUGAAUGUGGCAAAGCCUUCAAUCGAAGCUCAAAUCUCAUCCACCAUCAGAAGAUCCACACUGGAGAGAAACCUUAUACAUGUACCGAAUGUGGCAAAGCCUUCAGCCAAAGCUCACACCUCAUUCAACAUCAGAUAAUCCACACUGGUGAGAGACCCUAUAAAUGUAACGAAUGUGGGAAAUCCUUCAGUCAGCGCUCAGUCCUGAUCCAACACCAGAGAAUUCACACUGGAGUGAAACCCUAUGAAUGCAGCGACUGUGGGAAAGCCUUCAGUCAGCGCUCAAAACUCCUAAAACACCAGAUAAUUCAUACCAGGGUGUGAUCUUUCUAGUGUAAUAGGCAUGUAAAAUACUUAAUAACCAGGGAAUCCAGAGUGAUUCUCUUCUGAUUUCCUAUCCUCUUUUCUGUCAGUGGCACCAUUCAUUCUCCCCAUCACCCAGGCUCAAAACCCUGGAAUUAUUAUUAACUUAUCCCCCUCCUUUAUACUUCUAUAUCUAAUUAGACAUAAAGUCCUGUUGAUUCUUUCUUUGACAUGUCUCAUGGCUGUACCUUUAUUUCUAUUCUUCUACCACCCAACAAGCCCUUCUUCUGGUGCCCAGUAUUACCUCUUAAUGUUUUUAUGUUGUGAGCAGACAACCAUGCUAUGUGGGCAACAAUUGACAAAAUGAAAUAUAUAAAGAGCUUACUAUUAUAAUGAAAUAAAACCUACCAAAAUUUAAUCUGACAUAUUUAAUGAUAUACAUUAUUAUUAUUGUUAUUAUUCUGCAUGAUAACUAGACAUAAGCAUUUAUACAUGGAUGUAAUUAGUAUUACUUUUACUCAACUAAACCAAGUUUUUACAGUU